AUGGCAAUUAGCUUAACUUUAUUAAUCAAAAUAAAUAAAAAUUAUCUAUGGAACUUGGAUCUACUCCUUUACUUGUUUCUUUUCGACCUGUAGCUGCAUCAACUAGAUAUCUUGCAACUUGCACUAAUAAAUCUAGAGCUCUUAACGAUGAUUUUGAUGUUAGAUGUGUUUAAGAAAAAUCAAUAGACACAUAUUUCAUUAUUGAACAAGUCAAAGAGAAUGUUUAUACCAUUAAAUCAGCUUCUAAACCUAAUCAUUAUUUAUUUUGGCUCCAAUGACAAUACAAGAAAAAUUGAGGAUGAUUUCGAUGUUAGAACACAUUCAUUUCGAGAAACAAGAAAUAAUUGGAUUAUUGAAUGUCAUAGUUGGAGUGUAUUCACUAUCAGAUCAGAGACUAAUCCAGAUCAAUUUUUAUUUGUAGCUUCUGAUAAGUCAAAUAAUCAUGAUAAGGAUUUGGAUGUACGCACUUAAAAUAAGGACAAUCAAAAUAAUCAUUGGUAUUUUGUCACUAACCCAAACUUUUCCACUCCUUACCACAUAUACCCUAAAACUUUCUAACCAUAGGCGAUUCUCAUAAAUCAUUCUCUGACAAUUUUAGUGUCAAUGUUAAAUAGAAUCUUGAUUAACAUGCCAAAUUCAUACUCGAUAAAGUGACUG